ACAACGAGUCUUUUAUUUUGAAAGGCUGACGAAAACGGAUUUCCGCCAUAGUGUUGUUUCAUGUAGCCAAACUGCAGAGUGCACAAGUACAAGCUACCGCUUUAAAGGGCUCGCAAAACAGGAAGAAAACGUUCCGCAUUGGCGAACAAGAAGUAGAUUUUUUACUCAUGGGAGGGAGUGACUCCGAUAGCAGAUCUAAGAGCAGACACCGAGAUGAGAGCAAAUCCAGAAGCUUGUCUUCAUCGAGCGCCAGGAGAUCCAGUCCAAGCCCUCAGAAGAGACAUGAACGUUCCUCUGACAGAAAAAAGAUGAAAAGGAGAAGUCCCUCCAGCUCUUCGUCGUCUUCUAGCUCCACUUCACCGUCCAGAGAAAAAAAAGCCAAGAAAAAAAAGAAACGACAAGAAGUUAAGAGACUGAAGCGUGAAAAGAAAAAAGAGAAAAAGGAAAAGAAGCGGCAAAAAAAACUAGCAUUGAAAGCUGAAAGAGCAGCAGCUUCCGUAUCAAACACGGCUUCUGAGGAAACGCCUCAGUCGUUCCUGAAGACCUGGCAGAGUGAAGAAGCUAAAGAACACGGCCCCGUCAUGACUGAUGAACAGAAAGACAGUUUUUGCACCAAGAGACCAAUGACGAAGGAAGAAUACGAAGCCAGGCAAAGCGUCAUCCGUCGGGUCCUGGACCCCGAGACUGGACGAACCAGGCUUGUAAGAGGUGAUGGAGAAAUUUUAGAAGAAAUUGUCAGCAAGGAGCGGCACAAGGAAAUCAACAAGAAAGCCACCAAGGGAGACGGUGAUGCCUUCCAGAAGAGAUUGGGUGUCAAUAGGUAGCGAGGUGUCCACCCCAAUCCAAAGCCUUCUCCUGCAUUUCUGCAAGAAUCCAACCAUUUUCUUAUUUUUUUUUUUAGUUCUUUUAUAUUCCUCCCCUUUAAAUGAAUGCCACGGGAAUGUGAUUCCCUCAGAUGUUAUACAGGAACGAGUACGUUCAAUGCAUAAUCGUUGUCUUGGUCACAGAGCUGAACGAUAUUUGGUUUUGGCAGAGCAUUCAUUGUAACAGUUCUGCCAGAUGAGGCUAAUUAAUUCGCUUCAACACCGUUUUUCAGUUUGACUAGUAUCUCGUUUAUCUGUUGAUGUAGAAAGACUUUCUUAAUGGCUAAUUUAUUUGUAGAUAAGGUCAUUUGCGGUCUGAUAGUAUUCAUCACCACUAAAGCUCAGCGCGUCUUAAAUAUCAACCGAUGGCGUGAAGGAGGACUGCUGCAACAUAAAUAAAAUAUCUUUCUUAAA